GGUCAGCGAAGUUAGUCCGCGUGACGGAUCUUAGUGUGGAUGAUUUGCAGUAUUUUAGGAAUUUAGUGAGAAGGACGAGAAUGCUUUAUGAUGCGAUUCGGGUUUUGGCUAUCGCGGAGGAUGAAAAACAUAGGGGGGAUUUGGUUCCUCAUAGGAGGACUAGAGGGGACUUAAAAGCAGCUGCAUUGUUGAAGCAACGUGGGUUGUGGUUAAAUUGUGAUAGAAGGAUUGUGGGCACAAUCCCUGGCGUGGAGAUUGGGGAUUUGUUUUUUUUCAGGAUGGAAUUAUGUGUAAUUGGAUUACAUGGGCGGGCUCGGGCUGGCAUUGAUUAUCUGUCAGCAAGUCAGGGCUCAAAUGGAGAGCCUAUAGCGACAAGUGUGAUUGUUUCAGGAGGCUACGAGGAUGAUGUAGACACUGGAGAUGAGAUAAUUUACACUGGACAUGGUGGACAGGACAAGCAGAACAGGCAAUGUACGAAUCAGAAGCUGGAAUGUGGGAAUUUGGCACUGGAGAGGAGCAUGUACUAUGGCAUUGAGGUAAGGGUAAUUCGUGGUUUUAAAUAUGAGGGCAGUGUUAGUGGUAAAGUUUAUGUUUAUGAUGGUUUAUAUAGGGUUGUUACUUGUUGGUUUGAUGUGGGGAAAUCAGGGUUUGGGGUUUUUAAGUAUAAGCUUGCUAGAAUUGAGAAUCAACCGGAAAUGGGUAGCUCUAUUCUCAGGUUUGCGCAGAUUCUUAGGACUAGGCCGUUAGAGGCAAGGCCAAAAGGGUAUGUUAGUCUUGACUUGUCAAUGAAGAACGAGAAGGUGCCUGUUUUUCUGUUUAAUGACGUGGAUAAUAAUAAUGCGCCUGUCUUUUAUGAGUAUCUUCUGUCAACUGUCUUCCCGCUCCAUGUAUACAAGCAUGGCAAGAAUGGGACAGGGUGCGAUUGUGUGGGUGAUUGUUUUGAUGGUUGCUUUUGUGCUGUGAAAAAUGGGGGCGAUUUUGCAUAUGAAGAAAAUGGGAUUUUGUUGAAGGGAAAGCCAGUAAUCUUUGAAUGUGGGCCAGAUUGUCGUUGUCCUGCAACAUGUCGGAAUCGGGUGAGCCAGAGAGGUGUUAGGAAUAGAUUGGAAGUUUUUAGGUCCAGGAAGACUGGCUGGGGAGUUAGAUCGUUGGAUUUGAUCCAGGCUGGUGCAUUUAUUUGUGAAUUCGCAGGAAUUGUUCUUACGCGCGAGCAAGCUCAGAUUUUCACCAUGAAUGGAGACAGCUUGGUUUAUCCUAGUCGCUUUCCUGAUAGGUGGGCCGAGUGGGGAGACUUAACUGAUAUAUUUCCUGAUUAUAAGCGUCCAGAAUAUCCAUCAAUUCCUCCAUUGGACUUUGCAAUGGAUGUAUCAAGACUGAGGAACGUAGCCUGUUACAUAAGCCACAACUCGAAUCCAAAUGCUUUGGUACAGCCUGUACUCUAUGAUCAUGAUAAUGUCUCUUUCCCUCACCUCAUGUUAUUUGCGAUGGAGAACAUUCCUCCUUUAAGGGAAAUUAGCCUCGAUUAUGGGAUCGCUGAUGAGUGGACAGGAAAACUUCCCAUGUACGAUAAGUAAUUGGAUUCGGUGUCUGUUUCUUUAGGAUGCGGGGCCACCAUUUGAAGCCAUAAUGCACUAAGGGUUCUGACCGGCACAAGCAUCUUCAUUGCUGUUAUCCUGAACUGUGUUGAGAAUGUUGACUUCUCCUUAACUCCUGUCGCUUGCUGUUUUUGAAUCUGCAAAUUAUUGCAUAGGGUAUCAACUCUAUGAAGAAAUAUGAUUAAACAGAUCUCCUGUUGGGGUUGACUGCUGCAAGGGGUAUUUUGCUGCCUUUAGAGGGGGCCUUUUGCACUAGCAUAUCUUGCCAAAGGGUGUGCUGGCUGAUAAAUAUUUUGCAUGACUUUUUAGAUUGGAUGCAUGGGAUGUCUUUACAGAUACUGUAAUGGCUGUACCGUGGGUUUUUAAUUUUUUGUUUAUUCCUAUAAAUGAAAGAUGUUGAUGACUCUUUGGAUUUCA